GUACUGCAUAGUGCAUGCACAUAUGCAAGGUCAAACCGCAGGCGGUGUCUCACAACUACUAGUCUUUUGAAAGAGAGAAGACUGAUUGGUAACCUUGGUUUCCUCACCUUCCGCUCCAUGGCCUCUUCUCGACAGAGACUCCAAGAAUGGCACAAGCAGGGCAAAGUUCAGCUCCUUCUUCUUCAGUUGGUAGGGAUUCUGGAGCUACUGCCUCUCCUUCUGUUUAUUCUUCCGUCAAUGGAGAAUCUUCUGGCGCUGCGUCAUCGUCUUAUUCUGGUGCUCGCGAAGAAGUGCACCAAUUUGGAGAGUUAGAGUCGGAGCAGCAACACAUUGGUCUAUUUCGACGAAAUUUUCUUGACUUCGAUGAUGCAUCACCGAUUAGAGAUGAUACUUGGUCUUGUGUUAUUGUUGUCUUCACUUUUUGGUUCUUCGUAUCAAUGACUCUGAUUUUGGGAGUCUAUGGUUCUGUGAGUAUAAUCAUAGGACCCAAUACCUCAGCUCUUAUUCAAACGAGUCCCUUUUUUGUGCAGUCUGUAAAGGUGGAAGAGGUGGAUAGUAAUAAUCCUGAGCUAAUUCUAUAUGGAUUUUAUAAAUCUCCAUCACUUGAUGUUGUGAAGUCCUGGACCAAAUCUGUUAAUGUCUCUGUUCCAGCAGAUUCCCAUAAGGAGUGGAUAUAUUUCCUGAAUAAGGGAUCUCAAAUAAAUAUUUCAUACCAUGUGAACUCCCCGAGCUCAUCGCUUUUUCUUGUAAUUGCCCAAGGGAGUGAAGGCCUUUCUGAAUGGCUCGAGGACCCGACAUAUCCAAACACCACUUUAUCAUGGAAUGUCAUUCAUGGAAGUGGUAUUAUCCACCAGGAAAUACUGAAAUCUUCAACUUAUUAUGUUGCAGCAGGGAACUUGAACUCAGAGGAUGUAGAGGUGCAGUUAAACGUCAGUAUAAAAGCUUUCCUUUACAAUACAACUGAAGCUUAUUACAGGUGUACUUUCGUUAACGGCGUAUGUAGUUUUAGCAUUUUGUUUCCCAGUGGAAAUGCUGUUGUCUUAACCUCUCCUGGUCCGGAAGAGGAUUCUCCAAGUAAUGAGUGGUAUGUCAAAAUUUCCUAUGGACCAAGAUGGGCAACAUAUAUUGUUGGCAUAGCUGUAAUGACUGUGCUUAUGAUGUUGGCAUUCAACUUCUUCAACAAGUUCCGAUGUAUACGUGAAGAAAGAACGGGAGUUCAGUAUGGCGAGGUGGAGCCUGCAAGAGCUCCUCUGCUUUCAUAUAAAGAUGAUGACCUCUCAAGUUGGGGCUCUUCUUAUGAUUCUGUCUCAAAUGAUGACGAGGAUCUUGAAGAAUUUCUAGCCUCAGGUUCCUUAGAAGGAAAACCAUCAAGAGAUGGUGAAAAUGAAAAUAAUACCCGGCGUCUUUGUGCAAUUUGUUUUGAUGCUCCAAGGGACUGCUUCUUCCUCCCAUGUGGGCAUUGCAUUUCCUGUUUUGCAUGCGGAACAAGGAUAGUGGAGGCUGCUGGUACUUGCCCUGUAUGUCAUAGAAACAUGAAGAAGGUGAGGAAGAUUUUUACGGUUUAAGCCUUUCAGCAGCACGACAUUAUUUGCAGCACUUGCACAGCCCAGCUGAGUAACUUGAAAUAUUAUUUGAUUAGUUAUGGUUACUCCAUUCCUUUCAUGCUAAUGGAUUUUGAUAGAGUUGCAUUGGCCAAGUAAAUUAUAGAAUGGAAAUCGAACAUGUCUUUAAUGUGAAAUGACCAUGCCUUUUUCCCCCCAUUCGGCUUACCACCAUCAUGUAACUUUGUAUCUCCGUAUAGAAUUUCAGAAUAGAUGUUCUUAAGUUGACAUAAUUCAAAGAUGUAUAUUUUAUUGUAAUCCUUUCUUUUUAAAUAUUGUUCUUUUGAGAGGUAAUUUAUACAGUGCACGCCUUAUUUGUUUA